AUGCGGGCCGCCCUCGAGCAGGCCGUGCAGAUCAAGAGCGCGGCGCUCGCGCGGCAGCGUUGCCGCUUCGAUGCGUCGCCCGACUACUACCAGCGCACGCUCUGGACGGGGGAUGAGGCGGAAGGCCUCCGCGCGCUGCCGCUGGAGGAGCGGCUCGCUCGCGCCGCCAAACUCAAGGAGGAGGGGACAGCACUCCUGAGGGUGGGCGACCACUCGGCAGCGGUCGAACGGUACGCGCUCGCGCUCGGGGCCUUUUGCUACCUCCGCUGCACCGACCCCGCCUGGCGGCGGCACGGCCUCCGCGACGAUGCGAUCGAGGAGGUGGACGAGAGGCCGGCUGGCGGCUCGCCGCUACGCGAGAGGGCCGACUCCCUCCUCCUCGACAGCUACAAGAAUCUCUCGCUCUGCUACCUCGGCAUGGCGGCCGCUGCGCGCAGCGGUGACACUGGGGGCGAUGCCAGCAGCUGUUGCCGACAUUGCAUAUCGGCGUGCGACGCGGCGCUAGAGUUGCAGCCCGGGUGCGCAAAGAUGCUCUACCGCCGGGCGAGGGCGCGGGUGGGGGCGAGCGCGGGCGAGGCGGCGGCCGACGAGGCGAUCCGUGACCUGCGAGAGGCGACUCGCAAGGCGCCGGAGGACCGCGCGGCGCGUCUGCUGGGAGAGCGGGCUGCGAGGCGCGAGGCGGAGGAGCUGGCGUUCGGAGGCAUGUUUUCGCGCGGGCGGCUCGCCUCCUCCAGCAGCUGUGGCGGCGACGGUGGCGGCGGCAAGGACGACAAUGACGAGCCGGCGCAACACGCGCCCUGUCGGCCAGCAGCGGCGCGAUGCAGGACGGCGGAGAGGGAGGAGGCGAGGUUCAAAGCGUGCGAAGACGAGGUGCGGCGGGCGGAGGAGGCUGUGCAGAUGCUCCGCGAACGGGGGCAGGCGCGGGAUGCGGAGGAGCUGCAGGCGGACUUGCCCUUUUGCCAACGCUCGUCCGCUUUCGCCCUUCAUCCGUUGCUUGCUGUCGUUAUAUACAGGCGAUUGUCGACGCACAGCGAGCUAAGCUUGAGCGGUGCCGGCGGGCGGGUGAUAAAGCCUGGCUACGGGACCAUCGAGGUCGACCUGAAGCACGAGAAGGCCGCGGGCGACCGCGCGUCGGUCGCCUACUUGCUGCCUCCCGAGGGGGGCAGCGGGUUCGGCGACCUGGUGUACGCCACGGUCCCUCUGGGCUCCGUGGCGACGAAGGUCGCCCGGGACUGGCUCGCCAACGAGCUCUACGAGCCGUCCCGGCGCGGCAAAAUUGAUGCGGCCUGCAGGCAGGGACCGAAAGGGCAGGAUAGCACUAGCAUAUGCGCCUAG